AAUGUGGAGAUUUAGUAUUCGAAGCACGGAGCGUGCUCGAUUUGUCACCACAUCUGAACGUACAGUAUCCCAUAAUCCCCAUUUGAAGAGCGGUUUCCUGGCUGUUCAGUUGGCUGUCAGUGAAGCCAUCUUGGAGUAUGUCAGUCCAACGGUACCGGAGUAUGAGUUAAGUCUUGUUUCGAUGCCAGUAUCUCCUCUAAUGCAAGAGGCCAGAGUUCGUAAAGCUAUAUCGGGGAUAAUGCUUUGCUUCACUCUAGCCUUCCUUCCUCCUGUCUUGGAGACGGAGGCACUGGUCGUCAGGGAGUCAGUUAAUAGGUUUAAGCGCGCACUUCGUCUACGAAACGUAGAUUAUUCGGCUAUGUACCUCGGCUGGAUUGUCUAUGGCUACUUGACGGUUCUACCAGCCUGUAUUGCGGCCAGUACAACGCUACUCCUAAUAUUUCGCUGGAUACACUUGUUCUACAGCUUCAUAAUGCUUUUAAGUUAUGUAUCUGUGAUGAUUAUGAUGGCCCUUAUUAUGUCUAUGUUUCAAUAUAAAACUUGGGUCGCGAUUCUAUGGACGACGCUGUUCACGCUGAUGCAAACAUUUGUGGCCGAGUUGAUUAUCCAUCAUCAGAUCGAUACGAAGAAUUCCGUCCUGAAUUUCUUCCUACACCUGAUCAUCCCACCUUUGGGACUGGAACACGGCUUCAAUGAGUUCGCGUUGUUGCAGACUGGCCAGGACGGACGCUUGGAAUUCCUUUCCGUGAUGUUUACGAUACUAUCUUGGUUGUUCAUGUUCACCCUGUACUUCAGCUUCUUAAUGUUGCUGCAGAGAACAGUCAAGGAAAAUGCUAUAGGUGGCGAGGUUUCAUGGGAAUCGAUUCUCUUCAAGAAACUCGAAGACGUAAAUAAAUUACAUCAAAUAGAAACACCGACGGGCAGAGAACGAGAUAAUUUACAGGAAGUAGAUGAGUUGGUUGCGAAGGCUAUUAGUAUGCGAAACGUGUCCAAGUUAAUUAUGGAUAAACCAGUAGUAAAUAACGUAACAUUGGAUAUUUAUCGUUGUGAAUAUACGAUGAUGUACGCUGAGAGGAUACAAGUUAAAAUGUUGACUGCCAUAGAGGAUCUCAUGACGGGUUUAACCCUGCCAGACAACGGUACAAUCACAAUUCUUGGUGAGGAAAUGAAGCCGGGAUUGAACCCAAUAUCAAUGCUAACAAUGAUGGGUUACUGCCAUCGAAGUGAAGUUCUAAUUGACGAUCUAACUGUGGAUGAACAUCUUACUUUCUUUAUGUCUAUAAGCCUCUGGAAUGAAACCAGCCAAUUCAUAUCUGAGUAUGGACAUUUGCGUUCGCAGAGUUUGUUGAAAGAAUGUGACUUGGAGUCCGUGAAAAAUGAUUAUGUGCGCAUUUUGGAUGAUUACUAUCGUGCCCAGUUAUGCUGGGCCAUUGCUAUGCUUCUUGAGCCAAGGAUAAUAAUUAUACCAAAUUUUACUGGAAAGGCGAAUUAUAUAGCUGUUAUCAAGGAUAAAAUAAUGCAAUAUCGAAAAUAUAUCACUUUGAUAAAAUUCAGCUUUUCAAGUGUGUUCUUGGAAUAUGCAGAUCGCGCAUUUAUUUUUGACAAUAAGACCUUGCUGUUUGGCGGCACACCUGCAUAUAUGUUCUUCAAAUAUGGUCGAGACUACAGGGUAAGAAUAACAUUUGGAAGUAACAGAUACACGGAGGAAAAUGAUGAGCUUUUAGAAAAGGCUUCGGAAGCUGGGGCCUCGAUAAGGGCGCAUCUUGGCACUUUGUUGAUUCUUAAAGUGCCAACACACCCCACAGCUAAUGUUGCCAAAUUAAUUCAAACGCUACACGAAGGGGCUAAUAAGUAUGGGAUUGUUUCGAUGAAUAUCAGCAUACCCGAUUCUGAAGAAGUUUGCAAUAGAGCCAUAUUUGAAUCAAGAGCCACAACACAUGGCACUCCACGUGAACACACAAUAUCCAGAACUGCUUUGGGACAUAUUGAAAGUUCUCCUGACAACUGGAGUCCCACAAGAAUAUCUAACUUCGAUCAUUUUAUACAUUUAUCGUACAUUGGACAAAAAUUUACAUCAUUUUAUACGCAAAAUAGCAUUGUUUUGAUAUUUACGGUGAUCUCCGCUUUUGUAGCAGGAAUUUUUAUUGGGUUGUCAUUAUCGCUGCUACUCAGUGAUAUUGAGGAAGAUCGUGUUGCUAAGAAGAUUUUGCAUGGUGAUAUUUUGACGGUUGAAGCGUUGGAACAAAAGACGACUUUAGUUGUGCGCACAGACAACUCGAGUUACGGGCAAUCUAUUGCUUCAGCAUAUGUUCUCUCUGAAACUAAUGCGACCGAAAAAGAAAUUGAAAAUAUUGCGUACACUGCACUUUUGGAUAUCGAAAGCGUAACAGAAUAUUUAGUGACUCGUGCCAUUGACUCGCCACAGCACUACGUGUAUAUGUAUGCAUAUGGAUUGGAUGUUAAAUACAUGGACGAUAUAAUAUCGAUGCAAGUUCUCUACAGUCCAAUACACUAUGACCAUGCAGCGGCAGCCAGGUCUUUAGCUCGAGCCUAUAUGGCGCUUUUAAGGCAUUGUACGAAUGCCUUAGAUGCCACAAUACAAGUCACCGAUGAUCCACUAGCCCUGGACUUAACGCCUUGGAUGGUGUACGCGGAGAGGCCGCCUAUUUUUACGGAGUUCUUACUUAUACUAACAAUAUCUCAUAUGAUUUUAAUUCCAUCUAUGGAAAGUGGAUUUGUAAGGCAUACACAGGUACUUCAAUUCUACAAAUAGUACAGGAACAGCACGUUCUUUUUUCUUUUGGGUUUUGAAAAGUACAUCAAGUUAUACAAAACAAGUGUUCUGUGUAUCAUAUCGCACAUCUCUAUGGAACAGACAUUUCAGUGAUGACAAAAGUUGUUUUUGAAAACAUCUAA